AUGAGCGGCGACAACACCCGCGUGCCGACGCCGGCCGCCAACCUCACGGACCACGAGAACAAUGUCACCAGGGGCGGCGAGACGACCGACUACGAUGAGAAGAAGGACGCGGCCGGUGGCGACUCCACGAGUCUCGACCUCGAGAAGACGGACGCAGCAGCCCAGGCCGCUGGCACCAAGGACGGCGCCAAGGACAAGGACGGCGUGCCCGUCGACGUCAACGGUGAUGCCUACCCGUCAGGCAUCAAGCUCGUGUUUAUCGUCGUGGCGCUGAUGCUGACGACGCUGCUGAUUGCCAUGGACAUGACGAUUGUGGCGACGGAGAUCCCCAAGAUCACCGACGAGUUCCACGGGCUCGACAAGGUCUCGUGGUACGGCGCGGCCUACUUUAUGUGCGUGGGCGGCUCGCAGUCCACGUGGGGCAAGAUGUUCAAGUACUUUCCGCUCAAGACGACCUACCUCGUGGCCCUGGUCCUGUUCGAGGCCGCCAGCGCGCUGUGCGGCGCGUCGCCCAACGCCACGGCCCUGAUUGUCGGCCGCGCCAUUACCGGCUUCAGCGCCUCCGGCCUCAUGUCCGGCGCCUACAUCAUCAUUGGCUUUUCGGCGCCGCCGGCCACGCGUCCGCUGCUGACGAGCUUCGUGGGCGCCGCGUACGGCAUCUCGUCCGUGAUUGCGCCGCUGAUCGGCGGCGCCUUUGCCGACCACGUCAGCUGGCGCUGGGCCUUCUACAUCAACCUGCCCAUCGGUGCCGUGUCCGGCCUGCUGUUCCUCGUCUUCUUCGCCACGCCGGCGGCCUCGCGCCCGACGAAGGCGACGCUGCCCGAAAAGAUCUGGAACACGGACCCGGUCGGCGCCGCGCUGCUCAUGGGCGCCAUCAUCUGCUUUAUUCUCGGCCUCCAGUGGGGCGGCCAGACCAAGGCGUGGAGCAGCGGCAGCGUGAUUGGCGUGCUCGUGGCGUUUGGCGUGAUCCUGCUCGUCUUUGCCGCCUGGCAGGUCUUCCAGGGCGAGCGCGCCAUGAUCACGCCGCGGCUGCUGCGCCAGCGGUCCGUGUGGGUGUCGUCGCUCUUCACGUUCCACUUUGCCGGCGCCUACUUUUUGAUUGUGUACUUUCUGCCCGUCUACUUCCAGAGCAUCGACGGCGUCAGCCCGACGGGCUCGGGCGUGCGCAACCUGCCCAUCAUCAUUGCCAUCACCAUCGCCACCGUCUCGUCGGGCAUUCUCAUGUCCAAGACGGGCCGCGUGGCCGCCAUGAUCGCCGCCGGCGCCGUGCCGGCGACCGUGGCCUCGGGCCUGCUGUACACCAUGACCAUUGGCACCGGCACCGGCAAGUGGAUCGGCUACCAGGUGCUCGCGGGCCUCGGCUACGGCUUCUCCUUCCAGCUGCCCAUCAUCUACGCGCAGAGCAUGACCACCGCCGACGACAUGGCCGCCACCACGGCCAUUGUGCUCUGCUUCCAGACCGUCGGCGGCGCCUUUUACGUCUCGUCCGCCCAGUCCGCCUUUGUCAACACCAUGGUCCGCCGGCUGGCCGUGCUGGCGCCCGACCUCAACCCGGCCGUCGUCAUCAACACGGGCAACACGCAGCUGCGCACCGUCUUUGCGGGCCCCCACCUCGACGGUGUGCUGGAGUCGUACGCGCUAGGCAUCCAACGGGCGUUCGCCCUGUCGAUUGUCGGCUCGGGCGUGGCGACGCUGUUCGGCCUGGCUGCCACCUGGAAGCGCGUCAACCAAAACCCGGAAGCCGUGGGCGGUGCUGCGUAG